AGUAAUGAGAUUCCGAUCCAUCAUCUAAAUUUAUCUGUCUUUUUUUCUCAGUUCUUUUUUGUUUGUAAUUUUUUUUAAUUGAUAGUUGUGAAAUUUGUUCUUUGUGCUUUUAUUUUGGGGAAAAUGUAUGUGAUUGAAAAAUGUUCUCCUUUUUACCACUCUUAUAGAACCCGUUUCACUGCUUUGUGUUGAUCUAAACGCUUUUCUUUCUCCCCCAGAUCUGUCAACAAAAUCUAGGAAAUCUGCAAUGCUAAGGCAAUUCCUCAGUAAGCUCCCUCGAAAAUCGGGGAAAUCGGACUCGCCUGAGCUUGCUCGGUCGAACUCAUGCACAACAGCGGGGUCCACCCCGCAACCACACCGAUCCAACAGCUUGAAUUCGGGUUCUGCCCGUCCCUGUGCUCCAAAACGGACAUCAUCAGCUGUUUUUCCUGCAAGUGUUGUGGCGGGAAUCGAGCCAUUGUUGCCGUUCAAAGAUGUUCCCAGUUCGGAGAGGAUGAAUCUUUUUGUGAGUAAAGUUAGCCUGUGUUGUGUAACUUUCGAUUUCACUGACCCGACUAAAAAUUUAGUUGAGAAAGAUGUUAAAAGACAAACUUUGCUUGAGCUUUUGGAUUUUGUGUCUGGGAACGUUAGAUUUAGCGAACCUGCAAUUUUAGCCAUGUGUAGGAUGUGUGCUGUGAAUUUGUUUAGAGUUUUCCCACCUAAUUAUCGGUCUACUGCAAGUAAUGGUGGUGAAAAUGAUGAUGAUGAGCCGAUGUUUGAUCCAGCAUGGCCACAUUUGCAAAUUGUGUAUGAUUUGCUACUUAAGUUUAUCGCCUCUUCAGGCCUUGAUGCAAAAGUAGCAAAAAAGUAUAUAGAUCAUUCCUUUAUUUUGAGAUUGCUUGACUUGUUUGAUUCGGAGGAUCCAAGGGAAAGGGAUUGUUUGAAGACUAUACUGCAUAGGGUUUAUGGGAAGUUCAUGGUCCAUAGGCCUUUUAUUCGGAAGGCUAUAAGCAAUAUAUUUUACCGGUUUGUUUUUGAGACGGAGAGACAUAAUGGGAUUUCUGAGUUGCUGGAGAUUUUUGGCAGUAUAAUCAGUGGAUUUGCUUUGCCAUUGAAGGAGGAACAUAAGAUCUUCUUGUGGAGGGUUUUGAUUCCUCUCCACAAGCCAAAAUCUUUGGGGGUUUACUUUCAGCAGUUGUCGUUUUGUGUUACUCAGUUCAUUGAGAAGGAGCCGAAGUUGUGCAGUACCGUGAUAAGGGGUUUGUUGAAAUACUGGCCCAUAACGAACAGCCAGAAGGAGUUGAUGUUUCUUGGUGAGUUGGAAGAGAUUUUGGAAGCCAUUAACAUGGUGGAGUUCCAAAAGGUUAUGGUCCCAUUGUUCUGGCGGAUAGGCUAUUGCAUUAACAGUUUCCAUUUCCAGGUGGCUGAAAGGGCACUUUUCUUUUGGAAUAAUGAUCAAAUUGUAAACUUAAUCGCACAUAACCGGCAUGUGAUAUUACCCGUCAUACUUCCAGCCUUGGAAAAGAAUGCACAGAAUCAUUGGAAUCAUGCAGUGCUUAACUUAACAAUAAAUGUCAGAAAGAUGUUCAUGGAGAUGGAUGAUCAACUAUUCAUGUCUUGCCAUAUUCACUUUAAGGAGGAAGAAGAAAAGCUAAGCAUAUUAGCCGAGAAACGGAAGGAAGCAUGGGAACGACUAGAAAAUGCAGCCAGUCGCCAACCAAUAACCGGAAACACCGCUGUACUGGUAACUCCUUUGGCAACACCAACGGCCUAUUAACCGCCCUCCCAAAAUGUCGGUUCCCCUUGCUUCUAGUUUUACCCUUUUGCCCCCCACCUUUUAUAACAAUGGGAAAUGGGAAAUGUAGGCAAAUGACUUCCAUUUGGGGUGGUGGUGGGAUUUUCUCUCCCUUUUUG